AUGUCUGACGAGCCUCAACUGCUGCGCGCCUCCGACAAGGAGGUCACUCGCAUGUGGCGCGUGUACCGGACCAUUAUGGAGAUGGUCUCGGAUAGGGAGUACGAGCUCGCCGAGGACGAGGUCAAGAUCAGCUUAAACCAGUUCCGCAGCAAGUUUGUCGACCAGAGUGGCCAGAUUGUCCGCCAGCUCCUCCAGUUCUCCGCCCGACCCAGCGAUGCCAUGCUUCGAAAGUACACGCCGCCCGCGACGCCCGAGAAACCCAAUCCGGAACCCGAGUGCGGCACCAUCUUUGUCCAGUUCAUCUCGUCCGACAACAUGGGCGUGUCGCAGGUCAAGGACUUUAUCCAUACCGUCGUCGGCCAGCACGCCCACGUGGGGAUUCUCAUCACCCGCGUGCCCCUCACUCCGGCGGCCCGCAAAUUUAUCGCCGCCGCCGAGAGCUACGCCCAGCUCGAGUGCUUCAUCGAAGAGGAUCUCCUCGUCAACAUCACCCACCACGAGCUCGUGCCCCGCCACGUUCUCCUCUCCAAGGAAGAGAAGACUGCCCUUCUCAAACGCUACAGGCUGAAGGAGACCCAGCUUCCUAGGAUCCUCCAAAAGGAUCCCGUCGCUCGUUACCUUGGCCUUAGGAGGGGCCAGGUUGUCAAAAUUAUCAGGAGCUCGGAGACGGCCGGUCGGUACGCCUCGUACAGGCUUUGCGUAUAA